AUGGCAACGUAUCAUUCGAGUGGUGACUACACUGUACUGACGGCCAUAAGUAGUGAAUGGUUUGGCAUACAAUUCACAACAACAACACUAACACCCACUCAAUACAGGCACUCAUCAUCUGAUCCAUCAUCUGAUCGACUAAGCGAUGGCCAAAAAGACCUGUUACUGAUCGGCGACUCAGGAGUGGGCAAGACUUGCAUACUCUUCAGGUUCUCCGACGACGCCUUCAACACCACAUUCAUCUCAACCAUA